AUGUCUUCCAACCACCCGAACCAUAACCAUUCGCGCCCUCCCCCUCACCAUCAAUGGACGCUCGCGCCUACCGCCUCACUACCCUCGGCUAACCCCUUUUCUCCAACCCAACAUCUUGGCCGCCCCGCGCGGAGCGUCUCCGAAAUUAUACCCCGCCUCUUCAUCUCUGACCUCGCCUUCGCCGAAAACCCAGCGCUCCUCGCCUCACAUAGGAUUACACAUAUCCUUUCCACCCUCCCAGACACCAUCUUCCAUCCGCCACCCACCCUCCUCCCAGUACAACCUGCCCGACUCCAGAUCCGCGUGGAGGACCUGCCGUUCGCGGAGCUCGCGGCUCACCUCCCCACUACGACCGCAUGGAUCCGUGAUGCGCUUUGCGGCAACGCGGAAGCGAGGGUACUGGUGCAUUGUAUAGAGGGCGUAAGCAGGAGCGUGAGCGUCGUCGCCGCGUUUCUGAUGGCACAGUUUGGGUGGUCUCCAAGCGAAGCGAUUCAGUACAUCAAAGGCAAGAGAUUCGUUGCGGACCCGAAUUUCGGGUUUAUCCAGCAGCUGCAUGAAUAUGGGAGGGACUCUUUGGGUAGGGCUAUGCCUCCUCCUAUACCGCCAUUUUCUCCGCCGGGCCAAAACUCGUGA